UCGGCGCGCCGCUCGCAGCCUCCAGCAGAGUGGAGCGGCGCUCUUGGCAGAGCUCAUCGGCAGUCGCGGCAGCAGCAACACCAACAGCAGCAACAGCAGCUCAACAACAACGCAGAGACAACCAACAAAGACGAAACAGCGCUUCCCCCCCCCCUCCUAAAGCUAUUCGAACGACGGACCUAGCAAGUGCUUGACGAGGAGGAGGGGAAGGUGGUAGGGCGAUUUAAGUCAUUGCCGGGUUGUUUUUUUCCUAGUAGUAGUUCGUUGCGAAGCGAAAUUUGUUUAAAAUAAUAAAAUUAUACAAACAUUGUUUUUGAGUACCUCACGCCUCCGAAUCGCGCUGUUAGCGGAGCUGCUGCCGUCUCUACACACCCCCCUCUCCCCCGCGAGUCGGCACGCAUUAGGUCUUCCUCGUCAUCAUCAUCAUCGUCGUUAGUUAUGGAGCUGCACAUUCUCGAACAUCGUCUGAAGAUCGCGAGCAUCGCCCGGGAGAGUCUCCCGCUCUUCACUCACGGGCUCGUCAAGCUCGCCUUCCUCACCGAUCGCACCCGGUGUAAGUUUUUCAGUUUGACGGAAACACCAGACGACUUCACCUUGAUUGUGGAUGAAGAAGGAUUUAAAGAGCUGCCGGUGUCGGAGCGGCUCACCGUGGAGGACGCCACGUGGCUUGCGCUCAACGUGGUGUCGGGCGGAGGACACAGCCCCAACUCGCCGGCCGUGGGCGUCACCAAGAUCGCAAAGUCCGUCAUCGCUCCGCUUGCCGACCACAACGUCUCCGUGUUCAUGUACUCCACGUACCAGACUGACUUCAUCUUGGUGCGUGAACGAGACCUCCCGGUCGUGAUGCAUGCCCUCUCCACGGAAUUCGCCAUUUUCCGUGAGAUUGACGGCGAGGUGGUGGCCUUGGAUGACACCGUCAUUGUCAACGGCUUCGUGAAACCUAAAAGCGUGAGCAGGCCGGUCAUCCACCCACUGACGUGCCCCGUUAACCAGUUCUGCGUGACGAGCCUCGACCCCACCACUCUGCCACUCAUCACAACUCUUCUCAUGGACAUCAUGUUCUACUCGGGAAGCGGCAAGGACUCCACGGCUGACAGCGCAGAUCGAGAACUCAUCAAGUUUUUCUCAUUCUCCUUGAUCGAGGGCUACAUCUCCCUGGUCAUGGAUACCCGCACGCUCCAAAGGUUUCCGAAUAACCUGCUGUUCACAAGUGCCUCGGGGGAAGUGUGGCGGAUGGUGAGAAUAGGCGGGCAGCCUCUGGGUUUCGACGAGUGUGGCAUCGUGGCCCAGAUAUCGGAACCGCUCGCCAACGCAGACAUCUCGGCCUACUAUAUCAGCACAUUCAAGUUUGAUCAUGCUCUGGUACCAGAAGAGGAUAUCCAAAGCGUGGUUUCCAUGCUGCAGCUGACUCCGGCGGACAACAGAUAGCGUUACAGCUGUCGUUAUCCAUUUUGGGAGGUGUGGGGCAGCCCCCCUUUUAGUUAAUGGGAGGGGGGGCCCUUGGGUGGGAUGUCUGACAAUGUGUGUUUCUUGUGGGUGGGUGGGUGGGGGGGGGUAAAGAGGUGGGGGGUGGGGGGUGUGGGGUGGGGAGAAAGAGGAGUUGUUAGAAAAGCAAUGGAAAGGUCAACCAAGCCAUAUUGGCUUCAUGGAGACACUUAAGGAAGUGUAGGAAAUUAUGUUUUCCUUUCCAAUGUGCCAGCACGAUAAUUCUCCCGUAGGGCUGGUUUCAGUGCCGUGUUAUUCGUCACUGGGAAGCGUAAGAGAACGCGUCGAGGGGCUGAGGGCAGCAACAGGGGGAGCGGGAUCGGGUUGAAGAGGGGGUGAGAGAGUAGGGAGGGUUUGACCCAUUGUGUGUAGCGUGUGUGUGCGUGUGUGUGUGCCACGGGCAUUUGCGCGUACACGUGAUUGUCCCGUAUGGAACGUAUAUAGAAGUUUUGAAGUACCUAAGCUACUAGGACAUUGAUGGCCUGCAUUGAAGGUUUAUUUAUGAGACAGGUGCUGAAACACGUGGCGUCUUUAUUCCCUCAUCAAGGGAAACGCGUAAGUAUAUCGUCAGUUCGUUGUACGAAGACCUUCAAUACAUUUCCAGGAUGGUGAAAACUGUCAGCCUAAUCCGGUGGCCACAUUAAUCUAUUUAGUUCCAUCGGGAUUGGAUGGAGGGCAUUCGAUGAACGUAUCCAGUACCGCGGUGGCGCUUUGGAGAAAUAUCAACCUCUGCUAACUAACUAUGAUCUUCGAGCGGCCAUGGUGUUAUAAUAUCUCUUGAAUGUCGAUUCCGUACAGAUUUAGAACCGCUUCCUUGUCGCCAGUGCGCUCGCGUGCUGCUCUUGUCGCGUCGUCGAGUUGGGUUCAUACGGUCAUUCUGACAACAACAACAACAACAAACAAAACCAUCCUAUCUUAACACCGUACGCCCGUCCGUCGUGGCAUAAUUUUUUUCGUUAACAUCUCUACGAAUGGUUCGGCGGUUGCUUUUUUGUUUGGGGGACAGCCUUCCAAAUAAAAUUUGGCCUAAAUGUUGCCGAGGGCCCUUUGCAGUUGGUGAAAGGGGGCGGUGGAGGCAGGGGGGGGGGGGUCUUUGAAGACUCCGAUUAGCUGGGGGGGGGGGUGCUUGUGAGGCAGCUUUACGUCUGGACAACAAGCUGGGGAAGAUGUUAUUUUCCACUUUUUAGUUUGUAUAAGCAAGCAAAAAAUAUUGAAGGGUACAAAGUGCAGAGAGAGGAGGGGGGAGGGGCGCUGCUUGAUUGGAGCAUUUAACGCAAAGUCCCACGACUGUCAUUUCAUUUUUUUACUCUUGCCGUUAUCCCCUAAGCACAAGAGAGCCCUGCUGCCACCGUCAUCGGAGAUGAUGAUGAUGAUGGAGCUUGAACUCUCUCCUCCUUUUUUCAAAAUGUGAGCAGCCCCAAGGGGGGCGGUGGCUGGGCGGGCAGGCGGGCAGGCGGGCAAGCGGGUGGGUGACCAAAGUCGAGCUGUUGCUUCGUGAGUUUACGCGAUGAUUCUUGCUGCGCUUUUUUUCCCCCUGCAUCUCAUAGCCGGAUGUGAGACAGCCAUUAAGGCAGGUAGUGAUCCGCUACGUUUACCGUGCUAGUUUACACUUUUUUUUCCAUUUUGACGACAACAACAAAAAUCAAAAAAAGACAACACUGUACAUUUUGCUUAUUGCUGUGAUCAAAAUUGACAGUUUUUAGUAGAAAUGUUUAGAAUUAUAUAAGGUCAACACGCAACAUACAUUUAAAGUAUUACAUGGCAAAUAAUGUGUACGUUUCAUUUUCAAUGGACGGGGGCGGGGGGGGGUAGGAAUAUUGUAAGCUUCUUGGUAAAGUGAUGUUGCACAUUUUAGUUUAUUUCCCCAAUGAUUUUUCGAGCUAUGCUGGCCACCAGAUGCAUAACGUACACGACCAGUGACUGUUGUUGAUGAGCGUUGAUGGAACGGGGAAGGAGCCCUCGUCGUGGCUGAUGGGCUGUGUAAUUGUGGCGGGGCAGGCCUUUUAAAACGGCUAGUGCCGUGCGUAGUACAAACGUAGCAGAUGUUUUUUUCUGUGUGUGUGUGGUGGCUACUCGUCAAAAGCCUAAGGCCAGCAAACUGGACUUUCUCACCAAAUGUCAUUUAAACUGAUAGCUUGUUUCGCGUGUGCGUGCGUGUGCGCGUGUGCGCGCGCGAUUAUAUAAUACUGUAUAUGAUGUGUUCGACUCUUUAAGGAACAGUUAGAGUUAAGAAAGUGCCAUACAGGUUAGAUCGACUUCUCGUAAGGCGUAGUUGUAGUCGUUACAUUUGGGUGUUUGAGCCAUCGUGUGUGAUUUGGCAGCGGAAUGGUUAUUUUUGGCCGGAAGUUGUCGAGUGGUUUAGACCAGGGGCAAAGAGUGCAGGGGGGGGGCCCGAACGAU